AUGUCGAUCAUGGAGCACCACGUCCGCCGAUUACUCCUGGUGCUCCUGUUCGCCGCCGCGGCCAUGGCGACUAGCGAAGUGGAGACGACGCCUCCGUUCCCGGACAAGAUGGACCUCCCGCCACUCCCAUCGCCGGCCGACAUCCCGGUCACGCCGCCGUGCCUCAACAGCAUAUCCGUGUGCGCACUCGUCUACCAGGACCCCUCCAAGCUGGCACCGUGCUGCGUCGCCGUCAAGAAGCUCUUCGGCAGCGACCCGGAGUGCAUCUGCAACGGGAUCGCUGAGGCUCAGAAGGUCGCAAAGCAGUCCGGGCUCAACUACACCGUCGACGGCCAGGAGAUGUUCCGCCGGUGCGAGAUGCCUCUCACCAGCUGCGACCCCGCCGGCAAACCAGGAUCACAAAGCAUUGGAAAUGGAGCCCCUACUAGGAGGUCCUUUGGUGUCUUCCAGAUCCUACUUGUCUUCCCAUUAUUCUUCAUGAUGUAA